GGCGAGGGGGAGAGACACUCACUCAAGGCCGCCCCACCCCACACUUGUCGAUUGCGGGCCAGUCCAUCCACAUACAUACGAUCCCCUCAAUCCACCUCGAAUCCCACCCUAGGACCUCGAAACUCAACGAACCAAUCGCAUUGUCCUCUCCUACAUACACGCACAUAAACAAAAUGUUUGAAGGCAUCAAGGGACCCGGCGAGGUUGCGAACUUUGACGGCUCGACCCUCCGAGUCGCGAUCGUUCACGCGCGCUGGAACAUGUCGCUGAUCACGCCGCUGGUGGAGGGCGCACGCAAGAAGCUUCUCGAGGGCGGUGUCAAGGAGUCCAACAUCGUGAUCCAGAGUGUUCCCGGCAGCUGGGAACUGCCGGUGGCUUGUCAACGGCUCUUUGCCGCUUCGCAGGUACAGGCGUCGUCGGCGCCGUCUGGCGAUCUUCUCGGAGGGCUGGGACGGAGCUCUACGCCCGUGCCCGGCAGCUCGUCGUCCACUGCCAGCGCUGGCCAGUUCGACUCCAUCAUUGCCAUCGGCGUGCUGAUUAAGGGCGACACCGUCCACUUCGAACACAUCGCCGAGUCGGUCUCGAGGGGUCUCAUGAGGAUCCAGCUGGACUUUGGCGUGCCGGUGAUCUUUGGGCUUCUGACGGUCCUGAACGAGGAGCAGGCAAAGAAGCGUGCUGGCUUGACCGCGGAUGGUCACAACCACGGCGACGACUGGGGCACCGCAGCCGUCGAGAUGGGCGCGAGGAGAAAACAGUGGGCAGACGGAAUCAUUGCAUAGGUAGACCAGCCGCCACGAGAAGUAACUGUCUUUUCCCACGAUGCGAUGCUUUGAGCUCGAAAGCGAGGACAAUUCGGAGGCGAUUGUUCGCUGCCCUCUCCCCGUAGGCUGGGCAGAAAGCACGCUCGCACGCACGCAAGCACUUUUACUUUCAUAAAUUACUGUAGCAAAAAACACCGUUUCCAUACGUAUCCUAUCGUACAUUCACUCCCAUAGGCCGUAGCAUCGUACACCUCCACCUCCACCCCCCGUUUACUCCCGUAACAAUCCACCCCAAUCUACCGCUGAAUAUUCCUCACCCCCGGUUGCGAGUACGUCUCGAGCUUCCGCCGCCCGACGCGCAGCAGGUGCUCGAUCGUCGCAAAGUCCUUCUUGCCGACGCCCAGGUGCUCGCGGAACUCAGCGCGCGCGUAGGCGCGGAAGUUGGCUUGUGAGUCCUACAUACGGCACGCCGUUUAGCUGGUGGUGACGGGUACAGCGGGGAGGGGGGUAGAGGGGGG